AGGAGCUUACGCAGUACAAGCUCUCUCUUCAAAGGUCGGUGUGACCGUACGGGCUGUAAGUAGCCUUUUUAACCGCACAAAAAUGAUGUCCCUGCCCGCUCGUUUGGGGGCUUUGUCCCCUUACCUGCAGGCUUGUGGUCCGCUGAAAGCAUUACUUCCCAGAGCAGUGAACACAGAAGUGCUGGUGAGCGGCCAUUUUGGAGCACGUCUCGCUCACACCGACAUCAAAAUCCCUGACUUCUCUGACUAUCGGCGUGUUGAGGUGUUGGAUCCCAAGAAGUCCUCUCAGGAGAGCGGCGAUGCUAGACGGGCCUUCUCUUACCUGGUGACUGGAUCCACUGCUCUGGUGGGUGUCUAUGCUGCCAAAACGAUCGUGACCCAAUUCGUGUCCUCAAUGAGUGCCUCUGCGGAUGUCCUGGCCCUGUCCAAAAUUGAGGUCAAGUUGUCCGACAUCCCAGAGGGGAAAAACAUGACCUUCAAGUGGAGAGGCAAGCCUCUGUUUGUUCGUCACAGAACAGAGAAGGAGAUCGCAGCCGAGCAGAGCGUUGAUCUCUCGGAGCUCCGGGACCCCCAGCAUGACAAAGACCGCGUCGCCAACCCCACUUGGGUCAUCGUCAUUGGUGUCUGCACUCAUCUCGGCUGUGUCCCAAUCGCAAACGCCGGUGAUUACGGCGGGUACUACUGCCCCUGCCACGGGUCACAUUAUGAUGCUUCAGGAAGGAUCAGAAAAGGACCCGCGCCUCUCAACUUGGAGGUGCCUUAUUAUGAGUUUCCUGAUGAGGAUACUGUAAUUGUUGGAUAAGCAAUGGACAUUUUCUCUGUAUGCUUUUAAUGUGUCUGGCCAAAUCUAACUAUUAAUAAAUAUAUAUUUUAAAGCAA